GUUCGUUAUUGGAUUCAUCUAAUUAUUACAAGCAAAUUCAACAGCAGUGCGAGACAAGUGAGGGAGAUGGAGAAGUGCAGAGCUACUCAUAGUCUGCUCAGGCACUACUCAAGAAACCUCUUUGAUCGAUCAUCGAACCCUAGUUAUCAGUAUUCAAACCGAUUUCCAGUUUCAGGUUUCACAUAUCAUUUUGGUAGAACUUCCAGACUACCUGAAACAUUUCUUGCACAUCCUGAGCGAAAUCUUCCACCAUAUGUCAACUCCUUGAGGGAAUACAUAGGUAGUGGCCUCAGUUCUGCAAAAAAAAUUGAUGGACAUACUCACAGAAUCCAUUGUAGAUCCUUUGGUUCAGUGGCGACAGCAACGCAGAGGAAUCCAUUGUUUUCGACCAUAAAUGAUAAAGAUAUCACCCACUUUAAGGAAAUUUUAGGGGAGAAAAAUGUAGUUCAGGACGAAGAGAGGCUGCUUGACGCAAAUACAGAUUGGAUGCGGAAAUACAAAGGCUCAAGCAAGCUUCUGCUUCAACCUAGGAGCAAUGAGGAGGUUUCUCAGAUUCUUAAAUACUGUAAUUCCAGAAGUCUGGCUGUUGUCCCCCAAGGUGGAAAUACAGGUCUUGUAGGGGGAAGUGUGCCUGUUUUCGAUGAGGUAAUUAUCAACAUGGGUUCCAUGAAUAACAUCAUUUCCUUUGACAAGGUAAGCGGUAUCUUGGUAUGCGAAGCAGGAUGUAUAUUGGAGAACCUGGUUUCUUUCCUCGAUAACCAAGGAUUUAUUAUGCCACUAGACUUGGGUGCAAAGGGAAGCUGUCAAAUUGGUGGAAAUGUCUCAACUAAUGCCGGUGGUUUGCGCUUUGUCCGUUAUGGAUCACUCCAUGGGAAUGUACUUGGCCUUGAAGCUGUUUUAGCAAAUGGCACUGUUCUUGACAUGCUUGGGACGCUACGUAAAGAUAAUACCGGCUAUGACUUGAAGCAGUUGUUCAUAGGGAGUGAAGGAUCCUUGGGAAUUAUAACUAAGGUUUCCAUACUUACACCUCCGAAGAUGUCUUCAGUAAAUAUUGCUUUUCUUGCUUGUAAAGAUUAUUUCAGCUGCCAGAAUCUACUAUUGGAUGCCAAAAGAAAGCUUGGUGAAUUUUUAUCGGCAUUUGAAUUUUUGGAUAGCAACUCAAUGGAUCUGGUUCUUGAUCAUUUAGAAGGUGUUCGGAAUCCAUUACCUUCCUCGAUGCACAACUUUUAUGUUUUGAUUGAGACAACAGGCAGUGAUGAAUCUUAUGACAGAGAGAAGCUUGAGGCCUUCCUACUUCGUUCAAUGGAAGGUGGUUUGAUAUCUGAUGGUGUUCUAGCCCAAGACAUAAAUCAAGCAUUAUCCUUUUGGCGUAUUCGUGAGGGUGUACCAGAAGCAAUAAUGAAAGCAGGGGCUGUGUACAAAUAUGAUUUGUCACUUCCUGUUGAAAAGAUGUACGAUCUCGUUGAGGAAAUGCGAAUACGUCUUGGUCCUGCAGUCAAAGUAGUGGGAUAUGGACACCUCGGAGAUGGUAACUUGCAUCUUAAUAUAUCACUUCCAGAGUAUGAUGAUACCGUUUUAGCCCAAAUUGAACCUUUUGUUUAUGAAUGGACAUCUAAGCACCGUGGGAGUAUCAGUGCUGAGCAUGGCUUGGGACUAAUGAAAGCUAAUAAGAUUCACUACAGCAAAUCUCCUGAAAGUGUGAACCUAAUGGCUUCCAUCAAGAAUUUGCUGGACCCCAAUGGGAUACUCAACCCAUAUAAAGUUCUUCCCCAAUCCCUCACAGCUUAAACUUGAGCAAGUUAUAUUUCAAUUGGGUGUGCUACAAGAUGGCGUGACUGAGGUAGGGCCAGCUGAACUACGAGGAUUCCCACAGGGAGCAUCCGGAGAAGUCUUCAUGGUGAAAGAAAAAACAGUGUCGUUGCAUUCUGUGGUCAUUAGGGGUAGGCUUUAAUAAAUAACUUGGAUUAUCAGAAUGUCCAAUGUAUCCUUAUUCUUUCUUUGUUUUGAAACUGCUACCGGAAUGAUAUUCUUGAAGCUGUUGUGAGAGGACUGUAUCAGAGACUAGAGACCUCUUUAUAAUAAUCAGACUCGGAACGAUGCUCGUUCAAGCUUCUCAAUUCAGUUGAAGCUCAUUUAUUGGUGUCAAUGUGCAGUCAUUGCUCAAAUUACCGGUUUUCAACUUCAUGGAACUUGUAUACUUUUGGUUUGCUUCGGGUUCAGGGUGGUCACUUGCGAGGAACUAAUGAGAUUGAGGCCUUUGUGGAGUACCACCUAUUAGGAUUUUUCACAAGAUGCGUUACAUUCAUCCUAGUAGAGUGUGGGCUCUAUACAGGAUAAAUAUAGUUUUUAUUUAUUUAUUUAUUUUUA